CACGUGGGCGGAGUCACGACUGUAGGUGCGGUGAGGAGGUUGAGCAGCCAUUCAUAGACGUUGGAGAAAAGAAUUUUGUUAUAGACACUCAAAAUUGCUGGUCGGCACUGGGUGAGACGAGGCAAACAGAACAGAGGAGGAUUUAUAACAGCUAAGUAUUUGACCAGUUUACGUUUGGAAGGACGAAUUUGACAGUAUCGCAGUCAGAAAUUGUAUUUACAUAACCAGCUUUCUCGGCAGCCGGACUUGCCACCGUGUCUUGUGGUCGUUAGCAGCACCGAACUGCUUCAGGUUACAGGCCAGUUGAAAUAGUCUGCUUUUUGUCCAAACAUCGUUUUACUUAAAUGAUGUCUUUAGAGUGCGGGCCCACCAAAGCCUCCGUGUAUAUUUAAAGCCAUACACGUAUUUUUCACUAUUCAGAAAAACAAGUUAUACAACAAGAUAGCCUAGUGCUCGUUAUCGAACCGGGUCCUAGAGCCCGCCGCGUUGCUGGUGGUCACAUUGCCGUAGAGCGCGCGCUGUCUCGUGCCCAAAUGGUUCAGCAGUCAACGGUUUCUGUAUUCUUCGACAUUAUGGAAAAGGUUCUUUUAGAGCAAGGUUAAUCGCACCGUCGCACAGCAUUACCGAAAACAACGGCUUGUAUCCUUUAACGGCAUACAAGCACUUUUCUUGGUACAUUUGGAUUCCCAGUGGCCUCGUUUCUUCUUCUGUUUUUGUUUCUUGGACCUGAACUUGUUUUGAACAGCCAGCGAGUCGGAAUAAGAGUGGAGUGAGCACAAAAGACUUAAUUUCAUUCAAAAAGGAAGUCAAGGACUACGUCCAGUUGAGUAAUGGUCAUUAAUACGAUCCACUGGUUCAGGAAGGGCUUGCGGCUCCACGACAACCCGUCGCUCAAGGAAUCUCUGCUGGGAGCGGAUACUGUCCGCUGCGUCUACAUCCUCGACCCCUGGUUCGCGGGAUCUUCCAACGUUGGCAUCAACAGGUGGAGGUUCUUACUGCAGAGUCUUGAGGACUUGGACUCCAGCCUCCGUAAGCUCAACUCUCGACUCUUUGUGAUACGAGGCCAACCCACUGAUGUCUUUCCCAGACUUUUCAAGGAGUGGAAUAUUUCUCGUUUGUCUUACGAGUACGACUCUGAGCCCUUUGGCAAAGAGCGAGAUGCAGCUAUUAAGAAACUGGCCUCUGAGGCUGGAGUGGAGGUGACAGUUCGCAUCUCCCACACACUCUAUGAUCUGGACAAGAUCAUAGAGUUGAAUGGGGGUCAGUCCCCUCUCACCUACAAGCGGUUCCAGACCCUCAUCAGUCGUAUGGACCCAGUGGAGGUGCCUGCAGAGUCCAUCACGGCGGAAAUCAUGGGGAAGUGCACCACGCCGCUGUCCGAAGACCAUGACGACAAGUUUGGGGUCCCCUCCUUGGAGGAACUGGGUUUUGACACUGAGGGUCUGUCCUCAGCUGUGUGGCCCGGGGGUGAGACUGAAGCUCUCACACGGCUCGAGAGGCAUUUGGAGAGGAAGGCCUGGGUGGCCAACUUCGAGCGUCCCAGAAUGAACGCCAACUCGCUGCUCGCCAGCCCGACAGGCCUCAGCCCAUACCUGCGCUUCGGCUGCCUCUCCUGUCGCCUCUUCUACUUCAAACUCACCGACCUCUACAGGAAGGUGAAGAAGAACAGCUCCCCUCCUCUGUCGCUCUACGGUCAGCUUCUCUGGCGCGAGUUCUUCUACACGGCAGCCACCAACAACCCCUGCUUCGACAAGAUGGAGAACAACCCCAUCUGUGUUCAGAUUCCAUGGGACCGCAACGCAGAGGCGCUCGCCAAGUGGGCGGAGGGCCGGACUGGCUUUCCCUGGAUCGACGCCAUCAUGACUCAGCUGCGGCAGGAGGGCUGGAUCCACCACCUGGCUCGACACGCUGUGGCCUGUUUCCUGACCAGAGGAGAUCUGUGGAUCGGCUGGGAGGAGGGCAUGAAGGUGUUUGAGGAGCUGCUGCUGGAUGCCGACUGGAGUGUGAACGCAGGCAGCUGGAUGUGGCUCUCCUGCAGCUCCUUCUUCCAGCAGUUCUUCCACUGCUACUGCCCUGUGGGUUUUGGCCGACGCACGGACCCCAAUGGAGACUACAUACGGCGCUACUUGCCCAUUCUGAGAGGGUUUCCAGCCAAGUACAUUUAUGAUCCCUGGAACGCUCCGGAGAGCGUGCAGAAGGCAGCCAAAUGUAUUAUUGGAGUGCAUUACCCCAAGCCCAUGGUGCACCACGCAGAGGCCAGCCGCCUCAACAUUGAGCGAAUGAAACAGAUCUACCAACAGCUCUCCUGUUACAGAGGCCUCGGCCUUUUGGCUACAGUUCCGUCCAACUCUAACGGCAACAGAAACAGUAGCAGUGAGACGGGAUUCCCUGUUGAAGCUUCACAUGAUGCUACUGCCACUGCUGCGUCUGGGUAUCAGAUGCCCGUUCGCUCCCAGGGAGACUGGCAAAGCGGAGUCAUGAUGUACAUGCAGGAAGAUCCACAAACCAGCAUCAGCACACACCAGCAGGGUUAUGCAGGUGCCAGUUCCAGUGUGAUGUGUUACACUCAAGGCACACAGCAGAUUCCGGGACCUGCAGUCCACAAAGGACCUGAACACCAGUGCGCCUCUCAGUCCAGCGGCAAACGGCACAGCGAGGACUCUGGGAAUGGCAAAAGCUCUAAAGUCCAGAGACAGAGCAGCCACUAGAAAGGAGUGUCUGCAGGCUUGCCCUCAGUCCAGCCCAACACAGAAAGGACGCAAAGACUUACUUUGUCUUUUUUGCAUUACAACACUACACUGCUGCAUGAACACGCCCUCACAGAGGAGCGAACAAGCCCACCACUGAACACACUGACAAGUUUCUCAACUAAUGGGACUGUAUAUUAUCAUGUGGACUGCACAGCCCGGGUCCAGUGCUCGCAUCAGCAUUGUUUGGGUUCCUAUUGCCGGGACAAAAAAAAACCUUGUGUAUAUUUAACUACAACUCACAUACAACUUGUACAUAUUUGGAUAUUGUAUGUGUGUUUUUCUCUCUUUGUGUAGCCAUAGACCCAUUGAUAUAUUUUUGAUAUGAGAAAUCAUUGUGGAUGGAUCUUUCUUUUUGGAAAAUUUUCAAUAAAAAUGAAAACGUUUAUAGACCGUCCAUUCAAAAAAAAAAAAACAAAAAAAAAUAAAGAAAAA